UACAAGCGUUAUCGGGGAUUUCUAUUGGAGAAGCAGUUUCUGCCUAUCUUCAUGAUUGUACUGUCUUUGGCUUUAUCUUUAUCGUUGAUUGACAGAUUUAUUUGCACUGCACGCCACCCCCUGGCACUAUCGUGACUGCUAAAUUGUUUUAUGUGUAGCCCCUCGACGCCGGCGUUGCUGGUUCUCAGACGGAAGAGGACACAUGAGGUUGUUGUAGGAGCAGGAAAAAAUGGCGACGAACAUCGACUACAGAGCUAACACAUUGAGGAAUCGAAAACUAGUCUGAGUCUCACCGAUUCUCUGUGGAAACUAAAGUUCUGGGAUCAAGAAACUCGCAGAGCCAGGGGAGAUGGAGGAAGAUUCCGGGCACCUCGACAAGUCUGAUCAAAUGACCCACGGUCAACCAGCCUCUCAACAAUCCAUGUCUCCAAGUCAGUCAUUCCAGUGUAAACAUUGUGUCCUCCUAUUCAAAUCAAAAUAUUUCCUCCUGGAACACAUGAAGAAGGUGCAUGGCGUUGAUGUGGAUCCUUCACAAAAUGAUGGGAGUUCUAAUCCCUCAGACAGUUCCACACAACCUCACAGUAGCACUCUCUACAACAAUUCAGAGGAGAGUUUCUCUUGCCGGCAUUGUAUGUUUACAUCUUCCAGUUGGCCUGUUAUUAUCAAACAUGAAAGAACAAAUCACAAGGUUUCGGUAAAGGGUCCUGGUAAGGGCAGGACCCUGAAAACACAGAAACUGUAUUUAAGGGGCAAGCUGCAUAAUGUCAAAGUGCCACUGCCAGGGAAUAAGAACCAACACAAUGUGUCAAGACUCCAAUGCAAACAAGGGGAAGUGGGGAGACUGAAUUUCCCCAAAUCCAAGUCUACCUCAAAAACCAUAAACAUUCCUAGCUCUAGUCUAUUGCUGGAGAACCUGAAAACUCAAGUGGGAUCCUCUGAAAAUAUUUCCAAAUUCAAAAUUGCGCAUGGGUCAUCUUUAAAUUCCUCACAACUGAAGUUGCCCAACCUCUCAAGGCCAUCACGUGCGCAUGAUGUGACCCUCGUGUCACAUGCGCCUUUCCUUAGCUAUGACCACGACGGUGGUAAAGGUGUCUCUAAAGUAACUGAAGAGAGAUCUCAUACAGAAAGUGAACAGAAGGGCUCUCACUGCUGCUCACUCUGCAACUUUUCUGCAACUUGGCUAGAAGAUCUUUACACUCACCAGCGAAGUGAGCACAGUUACCUUUUUUACAGCAUGGGGCUAAGUCUGCUGGACGGAACAGCGACAGAACAGCGGGAUCCAAAAUCUGAAACGUAUAAUGAAAUGCCACUAACAGAGCCAUUGGCUAAUGCCACCAAGAAGAGGAUGCAUGAUGACACUGCUUUGAGUCCUGCUAAGAAAAAGAUCAAAACGAGCCCUGAAAGUACAGUCAUCCAAAGCAAGCUGUCAGGGGGCACUGCUUUUACCUUUGAGGUUAGCGAGGAUGAAGAGGAGGGGGAUGCCUGGAGAACUGAACUAGAUGCCUCAGGAACUGAAAAAGAUGAGCACGAUCAAUUGGAAAAUAGAGAAAGCAGGGACAAACACAAAAUACUUUAUCGUUGCAAACAUUGUGACUACAAUCACAGGUCAUCUCGCAGUUUGAGCACCCAUUACCAGAGAAUGCACCCAUACAUCAGGUAUGACUUUCAGUACAUCAUUAAUCCAGAUGAUUGGACUGCCACCUUCCGUUGCUUGGAGUGUCCUGUUGAGUUUGCCACCGCUGAUGACCUCAAGAAGCACUAUAGGGAUCAUCACCCAGAAGCUCCAGAUGUGUUCAUGAUGCGAUCAGAUCAGCUUGAUUUGGUGUACAAGUGCUUUGCCUGUCCAUUCACCAUUUCUAAUGGCAAAUACUUGAAACCCCAUUACAAAAACAAACAUCCAAAACUGAAAAUGAGCAGUCCUUUAAUGUACUGCAGUUUUACUGCCAAGCCUUCUAAAGACGAACCCUCUAAAUCACAUUUAGGGCAAACCUCCAGCCUAAAGAAUGCAGAGGUUGUCUCUCCUGAGAGGUCUCUGACCCCAUGUAAAGAAACUGUUCAUAUCAACUCUACACCCCCAAAAGAAUGUUCUGCUUCCAUGGGGGUGGAUGAGGAACUGUACCACUGCAAACAUUGUGCCUUCAGCAAUAAGUCAGUGGUUGUUGUGCUUGCCCACUUCCAAAAAAGCCAUCCGAAGGCAGGAUUGACAAUUGAUGACAUAAAACAAGAAUCUCUUGCCACUUCCAGGGAAGCUAAGGACGAAACACAGUCGUCUCCUCAAAAUAUGGUUUUGGAACCAUUCAAACUCCCAGAAGUAAAGUCCCCCAACACGUCCCCCUUUAAACCCGAUGUUGCACAGGAUGAUGUAGAGAACGUGUUUUUCUGCCAGCAUUGCAACUAUGGCAACCUCACAGUGAGGGGGGUGUUGAAUCACCAAAGGUCAAGACACAGUGAUCUCAAUGCUACUGUUGAACAGAUCCAUUUCCAUACUGCGGAGGUUCAUUGUCAAAGCAAAGUGUCACAGGGCAUAGGAAAAGUCUCACAUAGCACUCCCCUCCAAAAAGAUUUAGCACAGGAACAUGUUAUAAAGCCAUUCAAACUCCCAGAAGUUAAGUCUCCUAACACAUCCCCUCCCAUAUCCAAUGUUUCGCAGGCAGAUGAGAGUUUGUAUUUCUGCCAGUUUUGUGGCUAUUGCAACCCCACAGUGAGAGGCGUUAUGAAUCAUCAGAAGUUGAGACACAGUGCUCGUAAGUCAACUGCUGAACGGAUCAUUAAACAUACUGCUGCGAUUCGUAGCAACCACAAAUUGAGAGGGGUUUUGAAUCAUCAGAAGUUAAGACAGAGUCAUCUCAAGGUGACUGCUAAUAAGGUCAUCAAGCACACUGCUGAGGCUCAUGUUCAAAGUGAAAAGCUUCAGUCUACUGGAUUUGACUCAUCAAACUCUUCUCUCAAAUCCACUGUUGAGAACGAGAUAGCUGACUUGUUUUUUUGCCAGUACUGCAACUAUGGCAACCCCAGAGCUAUAGGGGUUUUGAAUCAUCAGAAAUUAAGACAUCGUUGUCUUCAGACAUCAACUAGUCAGAUCCUUCAAUAUACAUCUGAGCUUCGUAGUCAGAAAGAUAAACCUCAGUCUGCUGGAUUUGACUCCUCUCUCCUCACAUCUGAUAUCGGAAAUGAGGCAGGUAACUUGUUUUUCUGCCAAUUUUGCAACUAUGGGCAUCCCUCAAUGAGAGGAAUGUUGAAUCAUCAAAAGAGAAGACACAGUGAACUCCAAACAACACCUGGCGACAUCUUCAGGCAUACUGCUGAGGUUGGAGGGCAAACCGAAGAAUCCAAAAAGUCUAAGGGAGUCAACUUGACAAAGUCUUCUCACAUCUUACCUCAUCCUCUUGUGACAGAAGAGGCUGUGUUAUUCUGUCAGCUUUGCAACUAUAGCAAUCGAACCAUGAGGGUGGUUGUGGAACAUCAAAGGAAAAGACACCCAGAUCUUAAAGCAACUGCUAAACAAAUCCUUGAAUAUACCGCUAUGAUUUUGUCCCAAACUAGCAAAUCUCCUAACUCCUCUUUCUUAACAUCUGAUGUUGUCCAAGAAGAGUUAGAUAAGUUCUUCUGCCAAUAUUGUGACUAUAACAAUCCCACAGUGAGGGGGAUUUUUAAUCAUCAAAGUAAAAUGCAUUGUGAUCUCGAAACAAACGCUGCGCAGAUCUUAAGGCAUACUGUUGUCGUCCGAGAGCAAACUAAAAAAUCUCAGCCAAAAGCAGUGAACUCGCCUAACUCUCCUCACCUCUUGUCUCAUCCUCUUUUGAAGGACGAGGUUGAACACGUGUUUUUCUGUCAGCUUUGCAACUAUAGCAAUUCAACGGUGAUGGGGGUUUUGAAUCAUAAAAGGAAAAGACACCUUGAUAUGAAGCCAACUGCUAAGCAAAUCCUUGAAUAUACUGCUACUGUUUUGGGGCAAAUGAGCAAAUCCCACCUAGUACGAAGAAACUCGCUAAACUCAUCCCAAGAAGAAGAGAGAAAGUUGUUUUACUGCCAGCAUUGUGACUAUGACAAUCCGACAGUUAGGGGGGUUUUGAAUCAUCAAAAAUUAAGACAUAGUGAUCUGAAGGGAACUGCGGAUCAGGUUGUCAGAUGUACUGCGAUUGUUCCCGGCCCAAAUAAAAAAUCAACAAUGCAACAGCCUAACAAGUCCUCCAUGAAAGCCUCACAAUCUCGCAAGCUGAAAGCUGCACUGCUCAGGUCCUUGAAGUGCCGCAAAUGCUCUUAUACAACUCCCCAUAUAUAUCUUUUGAAAAGACAUCUGAGGAAUAACCACCAAGAGAAAGCCCCGAUCACUACGAUUAUACAUUGGGCUUACCAAGAUGGCCAUUUACAGGAAGGUUAUCACUGUGAGUGGUGUGCUUGUUCACAUACUGAUGCGAAGGGACUCCUCCGGCACUACCGGCAAUGUCAUCCAGAUAAAAAAACUGGACUUGAAUCCAUCAUCCUGAGGUUGCAUGCCGGCCCUAAGACUUCUCGAUCUAAAAAGACGAAGCCUAACCCAGAACACAAUGAAAAACAUGAUCAGAUUAUCCUCAGGUUUGGGGAUGUUCCAAAGACCACUUCACCUUUUCAGACCGGAGGAGGUGACACACAAGUCUAUCCAUGCAGAGCGUGUCCCUUUAAGGCUACUUCCAUGGGGGGUAUAAGCAGCCACUACCAUGCAGUUCAUCCAUGGUCUGUCAAGGAAGAUGGGUCUGUGUUAGAUGUCAUUAGUAGUAGGCAGACCCAAGAACCGGAGGUCCAUGAACAGCUUGAUGUUCAUGAAACCUUGAGUUCAAGCGAGACAUAUAGGUGCCCUGUCUGUUCCGGAGAGUUCAACAACCUCCAUGGUAUGUUAACUCAUUGUGGUAAGAAACAUCCGGAAUAUGAUACAUCAACUUAUGAAAGUGAACCUGAAGCGCAACCUAGUACAAGUGAGGGGACAUUGGUAUUCAAGUGUUCAAUCUGUCCGUAUGUGAACUCUCACUCUCAUGGUGUUCUAACUCACUGCCAGAUGAGGCAUCCAGCCGUCAAAGCCAGAACUGAGAGACUUGAACAAGAAAUUGUGCACUUCACUGACCCAAAUGAAUGCCUGAAAGUCCGAUCGGGUAAGCGGAUGGGAUUGGCAGGCUUCCGGUGCAAUAUGUGUCCAGUCAUCCAUGCAAAAUUCAAGAAGUUGAAGGCUCACUAUGAGAUGGAUCACAAACGAUCUGCCGCAAAUAUAUUCAAACCAGCUUUGAAACAAUCCACUGCCAUUAAAAAACAAUUGCUCUCCAAAUACAGAGGCUCCCAGACCUCAAUUGCCCAGGCUGCCAUUUUAAAAAAUGGGAAAUCCAUCAUAGUCAAGUGCCACCUUUGCAAGUACCUUUGCGCCACUAAAAAGGGCCUUGCCUGUCAUCUUCGCAUUAACCACAGUACAGUGGCUCCAAUUGAGGACAAAGAGUUUUCCUACAAGUGUGCACUGUGCUCGUAUACAACUUUGAUUUGUAAAUACCUUGCAGCCCACUAUAGGAGGCAACAUGGCAAUGCUGCUUUCACCAACCACUUUGUUCCAGCAUUCAGACCUCACCGCAUUCUUCCAAACUCACCGGACCAUAAGGCUUCUUUGAGUCAGGAAACCAAAUCACCUGGUGAGAAGAUAAGCUGUUCUCGCUGUUUUUUCCAAUGUCUUAGUGAAAAAGGCCUGGUCUCCCAUUAUGCGAUUUGCCACCCAGGAGUCUCUCCCAGCAAGCACAAAUCUAGCAAACUUAGCCCGAAUAACACAGUGCAGUCUCCCCCCAAGCCUAGAAGUCAUCCCCAGCAACAUAAACCUGUAUGCAAAUUAUUUGAUCCACAAUGUGAGAAAGGCAAAGCAUUGCGUCCAGUUAAAUGCAAGAAAUGCGUGAAGUUAUCUUUCAACUCAAAUCUGCUGCUAAGUAUCCACUACACCAAUUUCCACAAUGAAGAUUUCACACAAGACUUCACUAUACUUUCAAAGAAUUCAGAGGAUGGCACAGAGUUCUACAGAUGUGGAUACUGUAACCUCCAAAUCCAGGGCAGUGCGGAUCUCUGCUCCCAUCUCGACCAUCAUAGUGAGGAGUUUCAGAAGCUGACAAAUGGACAGAAGAGGAAACGACGCCUCAGUGACCCACCGCCAAAGACCAAGCCUGUUAAGCAGGAAAGACUAGAACUGCCCGAGGUUCUGACAGCAGAAGAAUCGGACAGUCAUUGGAUUGUGACACAGGUGGAAUCUGUUACAACAGGGAUGGGUCCACUGGUGUCUCCUUCCCCUGUCCCAUCGACAACAGAACCAGGGGGGGGGUCAGUAGGAGAGGAGUGCAACCACUGCGGGCAAACUUUCAUGUCUUUGAAAGGUUUACGCUCACAUGAGCGGAGCCAUGCAGCUACAUCAGCGCUCAAACGGCUGGACAAUGUACCUCAUCAACAGAAGCAGAUGUUUGACCGCCAUAUUCGACGUCGACCCGGGACCAUCAGACCCUUCCACUGUGGGCUCUGUCGUUACAGGACUACCAUAUUGAGCCUCUUGAAGAAUCAUCUGCUCAAAGUACAUGGCGCUCAGGACCCAUCCAAGAACCUCCCUUCCUCCGUGACCGGUAGCGAGAACAAGGAACACACCCUGAGGGCCGCUGAAGAGACCCAGAACCUGCUAGAACCUCAAGAAGGCAACCAAAUGUCUGAUUCUGAGGAAUCAGACUUCACUGAAAAACCAGUAUACUCGGAGCCCCCAGAUGUCCAGAGGCAGCUCAACCACUACAGGCAGGUGGCUCAGGCCAAGGCCUCCAGCAGCCUUCCAAGCCCACAGACCACCAGGACCACUCAAGAUGGCUUACUCGUCUGUGAGUUUUGUAUCUACACCUCAACACACAUCAAGAGUAUGCGUCGACACUACAUAAAUCGCCACAAUGGGAAAAGGCUUGUGAGGUGCAAGGACUGCUCAUUUUUCACAGGCUUCAGGAAAAAGUUGGAUAUGCACAUAGAGACGGCACAUGCCGGUAGCCCAACAGAAGCUCCUAAGGAGCUACACUGCCCUCUCUGUCUUUACCACACCAAAAACAAAAACUCCAUGAUCGACCACAUUGUCCUCCAUCGUGAGCAGCCAGUGGCCCCUAUAGAGGUGUGUCGUCCGAAGCUGUCACGAUAUCUCGAGGGCAUCGUGUUCCGCUGCCACAAGUGCACCUUCACCAGUUCCAGUGACAAGAAACUGCUACUGCACAUGCUCAAGCACGACGAUAUCAAGCCAUACAAAUGCAGACUGUGCUACUUCGACUGCACACAGCUGAGCGAGUUGGAGGCACACCUGUGCGAUAAACACCAGGUUGUGAGGAACCAUGAGCUGGUGGGACAGGUCCAUCUGGAGGAACUGGAAACAAGACUGAGCAGAGUCAACGGGGAGGGAGAACAAUUCAUGGACUGUGAGGAGACCCAAGGGCAACAAGAUGAGGUGAACAAAGAUGGCGAUAAGGAGGUGGCAGAGAACACAGCCCAAAACAGUGAAUUCCAGGAUUUUAGUGAUAACGAGAACCAAGAGGGACAAUAUAAGCAAUCCCAUGAGAAGGUAGAGGAACAUUUAAUGGACUGUGAGGAGGAGAACCAAGAACCUGGAGAGAUGGACAUAGAAGAACAAAACAUCCAAUAUCAUGAGAUGUCAGUGCUUAAAGAUGAAGCCUGCAACUAUCACAAGAUGCCAGUGUUUGAAAAUGAAGAGGGCAAAGAGGAAAUGCACAGUAAUCAUGGUGCAACACAGGAAAAUGAGGAGGCAGUGAAGACUGACUGUCUAAAACCUGAGUGCGGUAAUAAACCGGAGCAAGGGUCUGAACAGGAUGAAAAAUAUGAAGAAAACCCCAAGAGUGGCGAGAAGCAAGAUCACGAGGUGGAGGAAAACGACAAGGAAAAUGGCAACAUAUCUUCACCAAAAGAUGCCUCCACUACCCUGAAGAUAAUUCCAGUGACCAGAAAUGAGAAAGCACUUUCCUGCGAGCUCUGUGGUCGGACUCUCAUGAACAGCACUGACCUGGAACGGCAUGUGAUGCGCCAUGGCUUGUAACUCUGUGUUGGUGCAACUGAUGAGGAUGUAUUGAUACUGAGGGUGUUGCUGCUUAGAAAUGGGAGACAUGUCAUAAGAGGGCUGCUUUUAACAGCAAGCUGAUUAUGUAAAGUUCAAUUGAAUAAUGUUUUAUUGUCACUUGUUGCAUACUGUUUCCACCUGUAACUAUUCUUGACUGGAGACACUGCAGCUAUUGUUGUAAAGGACAGUCUUUUAUUAUUGUAUAUUAUGUCAUGCCAGAAUGACUGUUCACAUUUCCAACAUAUUGGCUGUUUUGAUGCUUUGUAAAUAUGUUGAUCUUGUUGUCUUUUAACAUUUCUGUAAUAAAUGACUUUAUCCUAGA